AUGUCAGAAACAGACGUCGGCUUCCUCGCCGCCGUGGAAGAGGCUCGACAGGGCUUUGCGGAGGGAGGCGUGCCGAUAGCCUACAUACACGUAUGGAAUCUCAAACCAACACCCCCCGACCCGCAGGGCGAAAUCUCUGCGCUCGAAAACUCGGGUCGUCUGCCCGCCUCGGCCUAUGCCGGCUCGACAAUGUACACGACCCUGUCGCCCUGCGACAUGUGCACGGGAGCCUGCAUCCUCUACAAGGUCGCGCGGGUCGUCGUGGGCGAGAACAAGACCUUCGUCGGCGGCGAGGACUACCUCAAGGCGCGGGGCGUCGAGGUCGUCGUGCUCGAGAACCGCGAGUGCAUGGAGCUGAUGAGGAGGUUUAUCGAGGGGAAGCCGAAUGUCUGGAACGAGGAUAUCGGAGAGCAAUAA